UUUGGGCUCGAAGCGCGCCUUGCGGACCGAGCCAGGCCCGCCAGAGGGACCUCCCUGUGCAUGUGUGAUGACCAAUAGCUGGAGUGCAUGCGCCGCUGAUAUCGGCGAAGCACGAAGACCAUUGAACACCACUUGGAAGGGCGGUCUGGCCGAGGCCCUUUCGGAAGGCCUUCCGGCAGGCGCUGCCUCACGGUCCGCCCGCUUGGCUUAUGGACGAUGUGAGCGACGUGGACGCGUUCUUGGCUCUGGCGGGCAAAUGGUAUGAUGAAUCAAACGGUUCGACGUACGAUCUGUGGCUGGAGCACGGCAAGAAUCGAAGAAUCAAAUGUUGCAUAAACAUACAUUGUUGGAGCUCAGCGCAUUUUUCAAUCUGCGCUGGACCUCUUGGUGGCGCCGCCGGCGCCGUCUUUGCGCGCUCCACGUGCCAGGGAAGGGGGCCCAGCGCCGAUCCAAGAAAUUCGAGCGGAGUUCGGAACGUUUAUGCUUAUGCAGUUUUUCUUCUUCUGGAAGAGCAAGAUGACAGUGACCACGACGCGCAGAAGUGGAGAGGAGAAGACAACCCCAGGUCUCAUCCGCCUGGAGCCCAGCGACAAUCCCAGCGGCAUGCUCCGUCCCGACGCUCCGGCUUCGAGCUGCAAUGCUGGACAGGCAGAUGAGGGAGCUCGUCUCACGCGCGCCCACCGUUGUCCCCCGCUGGAGGACAUGACAGGAUAUACAGAUCAAGUGGGGCUCGAAGUACAUGCCAGUGGGGGGAGAAUGGUCCCCCGCCCCCCACUGGGCGUCCUGGACGCGGCCUCGCUGCUCGACAACGAGUGGCCGCCGCUGAGCCUGCGGUGGAGGUUGGAGGGCGCGCCCGGGCGCGAGAGCCGGGAGUUCUGUUGGAGCCGGCACGCCUCCGGGGCCCCGCGGCCUGGGCCCAGAGGCAGGGCUCCGGAGGCCCAGAGGGGCGAGGCCUGCCCCUGGCGCGCCUCGGGUGGCGCCAGGGGGAGCCGGCCCCGCGCCAGCGCAGCUGCGGAGGCCGCCUCUGGAGGCGGCCGCGCCCGCCCGGCGGCCGCGGCACAGGGCGCCCCGCCGGCCGCUAAGGCCCGGCCCGCCAGAGGCGCGGAGCGGUCGCGCUCGCCGCCGCGCCUGCCCUGGAAGCCGCGGGACCUCCCGUACCCGUGGGAGGAGCACUGGAGCGACGACCACGGACUGCCCUACUACUGGAACUGCGAGAACGGGGAGUCGACGUGGGAGUGGCCGUGGGACCAUGAAGGAUGAAAGCAUACCCUGAUGCCCGCGAGCCACGCGUCCGCGUUCUGGACACAGACGACCGGUCACCCGCGGGGGUGCUAGGAUGUUCACGCUCUGCGCGUCGCGGUCUGGGCCAGGGCGGCUGCUGCCCCUUCUCCAAGGGGGCGGCGCGAGAUUGCGCUGGCGUGAAGAUCAUGGCGCCUCGCGCGUCGCGGGGCGCUAUGCGCGAAGCGAGGCGACCUGGGAGACGUGGUCCCACGGGUACGCCAUCCUCUGAAGACGCUCCGCGCUGACCGCGAGGUCGUGGGCGUGGGCCGAGCUCACCGAGGGCACGGGAGCGCACGAACAGAAGCCUCCGGAGGACUGCGCGGACUGGUAGGGUCGGCGCCAGGCCCCCUCCCUCGAGGCACAGGAAACGCCCCCCCCCCCUCCCCAAGGGCCUCAGAGGGGGACGGGUACCGAUGCCUUGGCGUCGCUUGGACGUGU